UAUCUCUCCAGGACAUUACUAUGAGGAAGGCGUUUAGGAGCUCCACCAUCCAGGACCAGCAGCUGUUUUCCCGACAGUCGCUGCCCAUCCCCCUGCAGGAGACGUUUGACCUCUGCGAGCAGCCACCACCCCUCAACAUCCUCACACCCUACAGGUUAGCAUCACAGCAACCUCUCUCCAGAUUGGGUAGUGUUAUUGCAACCUGACACCUUAUUAGUCAGCACCUGAACAGCCCAUAGCCUAUAAACAUACCAUGAUGUCAUUGGUAAGAACCUCUUCAAUAUCACGCCCCAUUGGUUAGAAUCUUAGUCUGUCUGUGUGUCUGUGUGUGAUAACACUACUGAUGCAACCACUGCAUUAUUGAUCACACCAAGCAAAUACUACCAGGCCAAUAGCAGCUUUGACCUGAGAGGGAAAACUCUGCCUGGUGGAUCUUUAUACUGUGUUCAUGCUUGCUUGCUUGGUUCUCCGUUUGUGUGUGUGCGUGUGUGCGUGCACGUGUGUGUGUACACUCCCCUGCAGACGUGUGAAUGUGUGUGUAUCCUUAUCAAUAUUUUUGUGUCUCUUCACACUCUGUCUGUCUUGGCUGUUAGCUCAGGUUGCAGGCGAGAGAGAGAGAGAGAGUCAGCUGGAGAUAAAUAAUCCAUAAUGAAACCCCAGCCAGCAGUCCGGGCCUUUUAUUUUUCUGGGUUCUCAGUUUAAUAGUGUGGGUUUAAUAGCUGUAUGGCUCAGUGUCUGUUUCUUUUCUAGGAUAGAUGUCGGCUGUUGAGCUAGUCUAUACUGAGAAGCAGCUGUAGAUAUCACUAUGGACUGCAUACAGACAGACCCCUUUACCCAGCAUGCUCUCUGACCACUUCUGAAGGACUCCUGGACCACUUUUUGAGUUUCUGUCCUCUCUUUCAUUCCAUGCCCCCCCUUUCUUCUUUUCUUUCUCUCUCGCUCCUGAACUUCUCACCAGGGGGCUGUCUGUCACCUCAGGCUGUUAUUCUUCAGAUCCAGCUGCUGUUGCCCUGUCACACACAUUAAGAGGUGCAUUAUGGGUUAUGUAACCCUGUAAUGGAUUCCCUCGUCACAGGUGGUUUUGAAGUGAUGAUUGCCUCCUUCCAGUUGUAUUAUUCCUGGUCAUGGGUGAAGAUAGGAUGAAAUAAAAAGACAAAUUAAAAGAUAAAAAGAGAGAGGUCAAACUUGACCCUCAUCAGCCUUCUCUGGUUUGCAACGCUCCGAGUAGCAGUCACCCAUAGGCGCAGAUCAGCAAACUGACCUUAAAUCAGUGUCUAGGGGUAACUCUGGUUUCCUACUGCUCCUACAGGGAUGAUGGUAAGGAGGGGCUGAAGUUCUACACCAACCCCUCCUACUUCUUUGACCUGUGGAGAGAGAAGAUGCUGCAAGACACAGAGGACAAGAGGAAAGAGAAGAGGAAACAGAAGGUAAGGAAGGGCUGCCAUUGGCCAGUGGGCCGGGCCAUCACCAGCAUCCUGUCUACUUAUUGGAGGAUUCAGCGUGGUGUUGUUUGGCCAUUGGUACUUAGCUGAGGUGCUGUGUCACCAAGUAGCUUCUGGACCUGAGCUCAAUAUUGGAACUGUUCUUGGGUCAGAAUUGCCUCUAUUAUUAGCAUCUAGAACUACAGACCAUAUAUAGUACCAGUCAAACAAUUGGACACACCUACUCAUUCAAGGGUUUUUCUUUAUUUUUACUAUUUUCUACAUUGUAGAAUAAUAGUGAAGACAUCAAAACUAUGAAAUAACACAUAUGGAAUCAUGUAGUAACCAAAAAAGUGUUAAACAAAUCAGAAUAUAUUUGACAUUUGAGAUUCUUCAAAGUAGCCACCCUUUCCCUCAAUGACAGCUUUGCACACUCUUGGCAUUCUCUCAACCAGCUUCAUGAGGUAGUCACCUGGAAUGCAUUUCAAUUAACAGGUGUGCCUUGUUAAAACUUAAUUUGUGGAAUUUCUUUCCUUCUUAAUGCGUUUGAGCCAAUCAGUUGUGUUGUGACAAGGUAGGGGUGGUAUACAGCAGAUAGCCCUAUUUGGUAAAAGUCCAUAUUAUGGCAAGAACAGCUAAAAUAAGCAAAGAGAAAUGACAGUCCAUCAUUACUUUAAGAAAUGAAGGUCAGGCAAUCCGGAAAAGUUGAAGAACUUUGAACGUUUCUUCAAGUGCAGUCGCAAAAACCAUGAAGCGCUAUGAUGAAACUGGCUCUCAUGAGGACCGCCACAGGAAAGGAAGACCCAGAGUUACCUCUGCUGCAGAGGAUAAGUUCAUUAGAGUUAACUGCACCUCAGAUUGCAGCCCAAAUAAAAUAUUCACGGAGUUCAAGUAACAGACACAUCUCAACAUCAACUGUUCAGAGGAGACUGCGUGAUUCAGGCCUUCAUGGUCGAAUUGCUGCAAAGAAACCACUACUAAAGUACACCAAUAAGAUGAAAAGACUUGCUUGGACCAAGAAACACGAGCAAUGGACAUUAGACUGGUGGAAAUCUGUCCUUUGGUCUGAUGAGUCCAAAUUUGAGAUUUUUGGUUCCAACCGCCGUGUCUUUGUGAGACGCAGAGUAGGCGAACGGAUGAUCUCCAUAUGUGUGGUUCCCACCGUGAAGCAUGGAGGAGGAGGUGUAAUAGUGUCACCAGCAAAGCACCCACACACCGUCUGUGAUUUAUUUAGAAUUCAAGGCACACUUAACCAGCAUGGCUACCACAGCAUUCUGCAGCGAUACACCAUCCCAUCUGGUUUGCGCUUAGUGGGACUAUCAUUUGUUUUUCAACAGGACAAUGACCCAAAACACACCUCCAGGCUGUGUAAGGACUAUUUGACCAAGGAGAGUGAUGGAGUGCUGCAUCAGAUGACCUGGCCUUCACAAUCACCUGACCUCAACCCAAUUGAGAUGGUUUGGGAUGAGUUGGACUGCAGAGUGAAGGAAAAGCAGCCAACAAGUGCUCAGCAUAUGUGGGAACUCCUUCAAGACUUUUGGAAAAGCAUUCCUCAUGAAGCUGGUUGAGAGAAUGCCAAGAGUGUGCAAAGCUGUCAUCAAGGCAAAGGGUGGCUACUUUGAAGAAUAUAAAAAAUAUAUAAUAUAUUUUGAUUUGAUUAACACUUUUUUGGUUACUACAUGAUUCCAUAUGUGUUAUUUCAUAGUUUUGAUGUCUUCACUAUUAUUCUACAAUGUAGAAAAUAGUACAAAUAAAGGAAAAACCCUUGAAUGAGUAGGUGUGUCCAAACUUUUGACUGGUACUGUAUGUGGCGAAGGAGACAGUGAAAUGAAUGAGAACACUGUAGUCUGUGGUCAGCGAUUCAUACAAACACACACACACAAACACAGAAACACACUGGUCAAUAUGGGUCAGUGGGGUGGAGAAAGAUGGGGUGAGCAUAAAUCACUGAGAUACAGAGUGACUUCAGUAUAUCGACCCAAUAGCAUACUCUACACACUCACACACACACACACGGAUCCAUUAACUAUGUAUCUCUGUAAUAGUUGAGCAUUAGGGAGGGAAGGAUACAGAGUGGUUCUCUGUUGUCUAGUUAUUUACUCUAAUUAAUGUUUGGAUCUGCCCUCUCUCUGCCCUCGCACCUCAUGAGGGAGCCUUUGUUUGUCCUUAGAGACACUCAAACUGUACACACACACAUAUGCAUACACCCACAUACCGUACACACAAUUGCUCUCAUGAGGGAGAACACUGUGUAUACUCAGUGAGAUUUACAGACACUCAUAGUGAACACACACACACACACAAUCAUGAGGGAGUGUUUGUGUGUCCUCCGAGAUCUCCUCCUUCCCUCUCCCCCCCCACAGUCCCUAAAUUACAGAGCAGUCAGCUCCUGUGCAGAUGGAGGGGUCUCCCGCGGCUAGCCACAGGGGCUCCCUACGAUGCUACUCAGCACCAGCUUGUCUCUCCACGCUUGAUAGGUGGGCUAUAGCCCUCUCUUCACCAUAACCAUCCAAUCAGAGCCCAACGUGGUUAGAUUUUCGAGCACAACCAACCAAUGAGGAGGGAGCUUCCAGAGGGAACCCUGCUAGAGAGGUUUGGGGAUAUAAAAAUUGAGGUUUGGGUUUUUGUGGUGGUGAUGAAUGGUUCAGUCACAAGACACAGUCAGGGAACAGGGGACAGUAACAGUCACACCACAGUGUGUUUAGAGAAGGACUGGGAAUACAGAAAUUGUAUACAGAAAUAUUUCACAGAACAAUAUAUAGCUAGAUACAGUAUUUAAUAGGACUUAUUUGGUGUAGACAGAGUAUUGAGUUGGGAUGGUGGGGAGUUGAGGCCAGAUCCCAGUCUCAUAAAAGACCUAACUCAGUGGGGUUAUGAAGCCCUAUUAAUUUCCCCUGCACCGCAAUACACUGGCAGCCAUUAUAGUACAGAGUGCAGACCACGUACAAAGAGCGAGGAUGGCAGCCCACUGAGCCCAGGGAGGGAGGAUUACUGGACUUUACACACAGUUCUGGUUUGGGUUCAGACACAUCAUGAGAUACAGCCAUUCAACUACAGGAUAGUGAGUUAAGAAGAGAGAGAGAGAGAGAGAGCCUUGCUAUUGAGAAAGGCCACCGUAGGCAGACCUGGCUCUCAAGAGAAGACAGGCUAUGUGCACACUGCCCACAAAAUGAGGUGGAAACUGAGCUGCACUUCCUAACCUCCUGCCAAAUGUAUGACCAUAUUAGAGACACAUAUUUCCCUCAGAUUACAGCGAUCCACAAAGAAUUAGAAAACAAACCCAAUUUUGAUAAACUCCCUUAUCUACUGGGUGAAAAACCACAGUGUGCCAUCACAGCUGCAAGAUUUGUGACCUGUUGCCACAAGAAAAGGGCAACCAGUGAAGAACAAACACCAUUGUAAAUACAACCCAUAUUUAUGUUGAUUUAUUUUCCCAUUUGUACUUUAACUAUUUGCACAUUGUUACAACACAGUAUAUAUACAUAAUAUGACAUUUGAAAUGUCUUUAUUCUUUUGAAACUUCUGAGUGUAAUGUUUACUGUUAAUAUUUAUUGUUUAUUUCACUUUUGUUUACUAUCUACUUCACUUGCUUUGGCAAUGUUAACACACGUUUCCCAUGCCAAUAAAGCCCUUAAAUUGAAAUUGAAUUGAAUUGAGAGAGAGAGAGAGAGAGAGAGAGAGAGAGAGAGAGAGAGAGAGAGGAGAGAGAGAGAGAGGACUCAAUACUCAAUACUUUGUAGGGACACCUUUUGCAGCAAUUACAGCUGCAAGUCUCUUGGGGUAUGUCUCUAUAAGCUUGUUACAUCUAGCCACUGGGAUUUUUGCCCAUUCUUCAAGGCAAAACUGCUCCAGCUCCUUCAAGUUGGAUGGGUUCCGCUGGUGUACAGCAAUCUUUAAGUCAUACCAGAGAUUCUCAAUUGGAUUGAGGUCUGGCCUUUAACUAGGCAAUUCCAAUACAUUUAAAUGUUUCCCCUUAAACCACUCGAGUGUUGCUUUAGCAGUAUCCUUAGGGUCAUUGUCCUGCUGGAAGGUGAACCUCCGUCCCAGUCUCAAAUCUCUGGAAGACUGAAACAGGUUUCCCUCAAGAAUUUCCCUGUAUUUAGCGCCAUCCAUCAUUCCUUCAAUUCUGACCAGUUUUCCAGUCCCUGCCGAUGAAAAACAUCGGAUGGUGUUCUCGGGGUGAUGAGAGGUGUUGGGUUUGCGCCAGACAUAGUGUUUUCCUUGAUGGCCAAAAAGCUCAAUUUUAGUCUCAUCUGACCAGAGUACCUUCUUCCAUAUGUUUGGGGAGUCUUCCACAUGCCUUUUGGCGAACACCAAACGUGUUUGCUUAUUUUUUUCUUGAAGCAAUGGCUUUUUUCUGGCCACUCUUCCGUAAAGCCCCACUCUGUGGAGUGUACGGCUUAAAGUGGUCCUAUGGACAGAUACUCCAAUCUCCGCUGUGGAGCUUUGCAGCUCCUUCAGGGUUAUCUUUGGUCUCUUUGUUGCCUCUCUGAUUAAUGCCCUCCUUGCCUGGUCUGUGAGUUUUGGUGGGCGGCCCUCUCUUGGCAGGUUUGUUGUGGUGCCAUAUUCUUAGCAUUUUUUAAUAAUGGAUUUAAUGGUGCUCCGUGGGAUGUUCAAAGUUUCAGAUUUUUUUUUUAUAACCCAACCCUGAUCUGUACUUCUCCACAACUUUGUCCCUGACCUGUUUGGAGAGCUCCUUGGUCUUCAUGGUGCCGCUUGCUUGUUGGUGCCCCUUACUUAGUGGUGUUGCGGACUCUGGGGCCUUUCAGAACAGGUGUAUAUAUACUGAGAUCAUGUGACAGAUCAUGUGACACUUAGAUUGCACACAGGUGGACUUUAUUUAACUAAUUAUGUGACUUCUGAAGGUAAUUGGUUGCACCAGAUCUUAUUUACGGGCUUCAUAGCAAAGGGGGUGAAUACAUAUGCACGCACCACUUUUCUGUUAUUUAUAUUUUAGAAUUCUUUGAAAUAAGUAAUUUUUUUCAUUUAACUUCACCAAUUUGGACUAUUUUGUGUAUGUUCAUUACAUGAAAUCCAAAUAAAAAUCCAUUUCAAUUACAGGUUGUAAUGCAACAAAAUAGGAAAAACUCCAAGGGGGAUGAAUACUUUUGCAAGGCACUGUAGAUAGAUAGAUAGAUAGAUAGAUAGAUAGAUAGAUAGAUAGAUAGAUAGAUAGAUAGAUAGAUAGAUAGAUAGAUAGAUAGAUAGAUAGAUAGAUAGAUAGAUAGAUAGAUAGAUAGAUAGAUAGAUAGAUAGAUAGAUAGAUAGAUAGAUAGAUAGAUAGAUAGAUAGAUAGAUAGAUAGAUAGAUAGAUAGAUAGAUAGAUAGAUAGAUAGAUAGAUAGAUAGAUAGAUAGAUAGAUAGAUAUCUAAGGGUGUCGUCAGGUUGAGUGUGUGUCCAUGACUCAUUAUAAGACUUACACUCGCUUGUUGAGCUCAUUGAAUAAUGCAGCUACAUCAGCUUAAUAUGCCUCUCAAGUAGAGGUGUGUGUGAUAGAGAUAGUGUACAAGCAUCUCUAGAACAUCUUUGAGGAUAUCAGGGAACUUUUUUCCAUUACUGCCCUCAAACACAGUGUUACCGGUCAGGUUCCCCACCCCAUGCUCCAACCCCCCUACCCCUCAUUGGGGUUGCCAUAGCAACCCUACAUUGUAUUGCCGUGCUGAGCUGGCCAGAGACUGAAAGCAGAUGCAGUAAGAUGGAGAGACAGACACACUGUCAAUAAGCAGCGAUGGCCACAGCUAAUGCACACAUCACUGCGUGUUACACUGUCUGGCAAACACAUACAGAUAGGCUACAUGGGGAUGUAAUCUUGGACAAGGGGCUACGCUAUAGCUAUGUGUGUUGUUUCUGGAGCUACUAGGGCACAGGACAGUUAUAUUUGACAUAGGGAAGUAUAUGUACCUGCUGUAUAUAUUCUUAUGAAGGAUUACUGCCCCUUUCUAAUACAUCUAGACACCUGAAACCUCUCAUGCCUUAGCUAGUAUCCCUCUCUUCCCUACCUCCCACUCUUCCCUACCUCCCUCUCUCUUUCCCUUCGUCCUCUCCUCUGUCUCUGUUGUCUCUGACUCUGUGCAGAUGGAAUUGCCUUUUCAUGUGUGGCCGGCAGGCCUUAUCAGAGUCCCCUCUGAACCCCCUCCCCUCCUCGCCCCCCCAGAGGUAAGACUGCCCCGCCCCUCACCCCUCAGACCCCGUCCUGGGACCCUCAGGUUAGCCUGCUGCCCCUCUAUCUACCCCUCUCCUUUUGCCUUUGCCGUUCCUCACGGCAGUACAUUAGAUCCCCACUAAUUCUGCUUCAAACCCCUGCUACUUACCAGGAAACCCUUGCUAAUUACCUCCCUAACUACGAGGUGCACCUGAGAUGAUCACUGGCUGGCCGCUAGUUGGAUUCUGCUUAUAUCACAGGGAUUGUAACCUUUUGGGUUAACCUGCCGCCCUCGUCCCUCACCUGCACCCGGGACCACUGUGUGGUGCCCACUAACACAGACCCCUCCCUCCACUCUUUGGGUUUCUUUGGGUUUCCACUAACUGCCAGGAUGGUUGUGAUCUGAUGUCAGAGCUUGGUCUUAAUCACAUAUUUCUCACUGUACUUCACUACCUGUACUUUACAAGUAGGUAUUUUCUACAAUGUACUUAGUAUACAGUCUCCAUGCUAAUGACCUAAUGAUGAUUAGGUAACUGUACCAGGCUGUAAAGGGGACCAUAGCUCCCCUCCUUCCCACGCCCAGGCUGGGUUAGGACCUCCACAGGGGAGUAGAGAGACCGCUGGGGGUGGCAUUAUGCUAAGCCUGUCACAUUACACACACACACUCACACACACUGUAUAUACACACACACACACUCCUGUGCCACUGCCACAUUCAGAUGAAGGAGGACUGCAUGAGUUAGUCAUACAGGGCCCUGACAUCAGCCACAUUUAUAACAUCAGCAUAAUGGCCUCUGAUUAAUCGUGGCUAAUCAAUGUGCAUUACUUUUAGGAUUCAUUAUGUUUCCUUCUCUCUGCUGUGUGACUACUGACUACCCUGGGCACCACAGGGACAGGGUGGGGGCGGGGUCAACUACAAUUAGCCAAACACAACGAGGCUGACACCGGCCCAAUACAUGUCUCGUCAAAUCACAACCCGACGUUGUGUCACACGCCCACCUGAUUGUCUGUCACACAAAUGAGCAUGUGUCACAGAAACAAACUACACUGAACAAAAAUAUGAACGCAACAUGUAUAUUUUGUGCUCAAAUUUGUUUCCAUCCCUGUUAGUGAGCAUUUCUCAUUUGCCAAGAUAAUCCAUCCACCUGACAGGUGUGGCAUAACAAGAAGCUGAUUAAACAACAUGAUCAUUACACUGGGGGAAAUUGUGUUGGGGACAAUAAAAUACCACUUUAAAUGUGCAGUUUUGUCACACAACACAUUGCCACAGAUGUCUCAAGUUUUUAGGGAGUGUGCAAUUGGCAUGCUGACUGCAGGAAUGUCCACCAGAGCUGUUGCCAGAGAAUUUAAUGUUCAUUUCUCUACCAUAAGCUGCCUCCAACGUCGUUUGAGAGAAUUUGACAGUAUGUCCAACUGGCCUCAUAACCGCAGACCACGUGAAACCACGCCAGCCCAGGACAUUCACAUCCGGCUUCUUCACCUGCGGGGUCGUCUGAGGGGGGGUGCUGAGGAAUAUUUUUGUCUGUAAUAAAGUCAUUUUGUGGGGAAAAAAUAUAUUCUGAUUGGCAGGGCCUGGCUGCCAAGUGGGUGGGCCUAUGCCCUCCAAGGCCCACCCAUGGCUGCACAUUUAUAUUUUUGUUCAGUAUGACGACACAACAUGAGUUCUCUGCAUGAGUUAGAUUAGAGUUACACUGUACUUACUAACAGGAAUGUUGAUUGAUCAACAAUCGAUCAAGCAAUUUUUUGUGCGUGCGUGUGUUAUUAAUUCUACAGUACAUACAGUGCAUUGGGAAAGUGUUCAGACCCCUUGACUUUUUCCACAUUUUGUUACUUUACAGCCUUAUUCUAAAAUGGAUUAAAUUGUUUUUUCCCCUCAUCAAUAUACACACAAAAUACCCCAUAAUGACAAAGCAAAAACAGGUUUUUAGAAAUUUGUGCAAAUCUAUUAAAAAUACAAAACUGAAAUAUCAAAUUUACAUACAUAAGUGUUCAGAGCCUUUACUCAGUACUUUGUUGAAACACCUUUGGCAGCGAUUACAGCCUCGAGUCGUCUUGGGUAUGAUGCUACAAGCUUGGCACACCUAUAUUUGGGGAGUUUCUCCCAUUCUUCUCUGCAGAUCCUCUCAAGCUCUGUCAGGUUGGAUGGGGAUCGUCACUGCACAGCUAUUUUCAAGUCUCUUCAGAGAUGUUCGAUCGCCGGCUAAACCCGGACGAUGCUGGGCCAAUUGUGCGCCGCCCUAUAGGACCUCAUGGCUUGGUUUUUGCUCUGUCAUGCACUGUCAACUGUGGGACCUUAUAUAGACAGGUGUGUGCAUUUCCAAAUCAUGUCCAAUCAAUUGAAUUGACCACAAAUGGACUCCAAUCAAGUUGUAGAAACAUCUCAAGGAUGAUCAAUGGAAACAGGAUGCACCUGAGCUCAAUAUCGAGUCUCAUAGCAAAGGGUCUGAAAACGUAUGUAAAUAAGGUAUUUCUGUUUUGUUUUUUUAUGUGCAAACAUUUCUAAAAACCUGUCUUUGCUUUGUCAUUAUGGGGUAUUGUGUAUAGAUUGAUGAGGAAAACAAUUGAUUUAAUCAAUUUUAGAAUAAGACUAAUGUAACAAAAUGUGGAAAAAGUAAAGGGGUCUGAAUACUUUCCGAAUGCACUGUAUGGUCACAUACAGUCCAGUCCAGCGAUGUGACCUCCACCUGCUAUGUCUCACAACUCCAGAUAUUUUACUGCAUAUUCAUCUAAACCAUUGUCUCACAACAACUAUUUGUUAUAUCUUAGUGCAUCAUAAGUGUCUCAUUAUGCUUGUGUGUAGGAUGUUUAAGCAAGGUGUUACAUUAAGAUUAUAAAAACAAUAACAUGUGCCUAAUUAGCAUAAUGAUUUGAGGCAGAUGCUUUGUUUAACUAAAGUGUUUGGCCACAUUGUUGAGAUUUCUGCUGGAUAGCAACAGAGUAGAAACACCAACUGUCUUUGUGUAGGAUGUUGUUGGUGGUAAGCUAGCCAGGUGUUUCUAUGAAGGAUGACUCCCUCUUGUUAUUUUGCUGCCUUGUGCUUCCUUCCUUCCAUGGCGCUAACCAUGUUGUGCUAAUGCUAAACAACUUUGUCAUGUGUUUGUUGUGUCAGGCUGCACUGUGUUGUGCAUGGGGUGCUUGCUUUGUGCUUUUUGUGUGUUCAAAUAGGCUAUUUUCUUUUAUGUUGAAUUCUUGUUUUGUACUGUCUCUUCAUUAUCUUUGUAUGGCUGAACAGCUCUGUUAUCUUUGAGUUUGUUUGGCGCUGCGUGUGUGUGUAUGCGCUCCAGUCCACUCUGUCAUUUGGUUUGUAAGUGGUGAAUGUCAAAUUGUAUGUUUUGCGCUCUAUCGCUGUGUCUGACUGCGCUGCCAUGGAGUCCAGCUGUGUCAUGUCAUUUUGUGUUUAACAGAGUUUUGCUUCCUCAUCUGUUUCAAUGCUCUGCUGCUGCUGUCCUAUUUUUGCUACGCUCAGCAGCCAGUGGUGUUGCGUUCUAUUGCGCUGUGUGGUGUUAAUUUGUGCGCCCCUGGUGCUUCUCUUGUCAUUUUGUUCUUGUAGUUGCAGGACCCCCGCAUGUAUGAUCAGGUCUAUAGGUACUUAGACCUCCCUGGGCAGGUAUGUGAUCUCAUUACAAACCGUGUGUCUUCCAGUAUCAGUGUGUGACGUGUUGGCAGCUCUUAGUCCCUAGAACAACAUUUAGACAUGCUAUAAUGCAUUAUAAAGACCUAACAUCACUUUCUCAGUGCUGUAGAUAUGGGAACUAGGGAAUCUGUAGUGUGUUUGGGCAAAAAUGCAUAAAUUACUAAAGUACAGUAACAUUUAAUUGACUAUUAUUUGGAUCUUAUCUUUUUUAAACUUUGGUGUAAAAUACACACAAUGUUUUGUGUGGUACUGUACAUGUAAGAAGCCCUGUAAUGUAAAUGUCAGCAUUGUCUUGUUCUACCCAGUCAGUCAGUCCUUUCUCACCUACUCUAAGUUCUGCCUUCAACUUCUUCUGUCUUGUGUGCCACCUUCUGUGUGUCCUGUUUAUAUACACUGCAUUCGGAAAGUAUUCAGACCCCUUUACUUUUACAGCAUUACGUUACAGCAUUAUUCUAAAAUGGAUUUAAUAGUUUUUUCCCCUCAUCAAUCUACACACAAACCCCAUAAUGACAAAGAAAAACAGGUUUUUAGACAUUUUGGGGGGGGGGAAACGGAAGAAAAAAAAAUCUGACCCUUUACUCAGUACUUUGUUGAAGCACCUUUGGCCACAGAGUUCUAUCUUGGUUUCAUCAGACAAGAGCAUCUUGUUUCUCAUGGGGGCUGUCAUGUGCCUUUUACUGAGGAGUGACUUCUGUCUGGCCACUGUACCAUAAAGGCCUGAUUGGUGGAGUGAUGCAGAUAUGGUUGCUUUGUCAUUAUGGGGUAUUGUGUGUAGAUUUCUUUGUCCAUUUAAUCAAUUUUAGAAUAAGGCUGUAACGUAACAAAAUAUGCAAAAAGGGAAGUGGUCUGAAUACUUUCCGAAUGCACUGUAUGUGUAGACUGAGCAUCCUAUUCCUAUGUGAGUAGAAUGAGCAUCCUACUCUGUUUCUAUGUAAAUAUACCAUAUUGCUUAGUCUCCAAUGAAAAUGAGAGGAGUCGCUAUGACAACAGCAGCUGUGCAAACCCAAGAGCGGAAAUUAUAUUUGCUUAUGAGGCUUUACUGGAGUGUGUGUGUGUAUGUGUGCUUGCCGCCUGGAUGAUGGAUCUUUAGUUUUUAGUUAUUGGCACAGAAAUGUAUGCAUCUCUCCCUCACUCUCUCUAUUCAAACCUCUCUCUCCCUCUCUCUCUCUCUCUAUUCAAUCCUCUCUCUCUCUCUCUCUCUCUCUCUCUCUCCCUCAAUCUCUCUAUUCAAUCUCUUUUCUCUCUUUUCUCUCUCUCUCUCUCUCUCUCUCUCUCUCUCUCUCUCUCUCUCUCUCUCUCUCUCUCUCUCUCUCUCUCUCUCUCUCUCUCUCUCGCUCUCUCUCUCUCUUUCUCUCUAAAUGUAAAAUAAACAGAUAGUUAUUCCCCCUACUUGUGAUCAAAGCAGACAUGACUGGUUAAAUGAGGUGUAUAGGAAACUUCAAUGAAGUUCUGUGUUUCUGUCUAAUAGUUCUGUGCAGAUUAAAACUCUAGUUUAUCCCUCUCUUGCCUCUGUCCUCUCUUCCCUCUCUAUCUUCCUCCCUCCCUCCCUCCCUCCCUCCUCCUCCAGGUAAGGGGAAAUGACCGUACUCUGGAGACUGAGAAGGUACCGCGGGCGCCUCACGACCGGAAGAAGGAGUGGCAGAAACUGGCACUCGGGGCAGAGCUAGCUGAGGACGACUCUGAGGAAGCCUUAAAAGAAAGAGAGGCUAACGGCUCCGCCACCUACCACGACAGGUCUGGGUGAGUGUGUGUGUGCGCAUCCUUGUAUCUCUGUAUAUGGAGCACUGUGGAACGCUAUUAAACCCCAACGCUACUCUAUAUGGAGCAUUUGUGACCCCCUCUCUCUCUCUCAGAGCUCCAAUGUACUUGGAAGGGAUGGACGGGCCGUUCUCCCUAGCAGCGUUGCCCUACAGUCAAAUGAACAAGCUGCUGAACCGUCCUGGGGACAGAAUGUACACGCGACCCCACGACCCCCCACCACUGCCCCCCAUGCACACUCUGGGAGACAUCAAACCCCCCUCCAUGAUCAGGUGGGUAACACACACAGAGGCAGAGACACACAUACCCACACACACGCACACAAAGGCACUCACACCCACACAACGGAGAACGCAUUACCACAUGGGAGUGUCUCCCCACCACCUCUUUGGCUCUCUGGCUUUGUGACUCUGAGGACGCUUUUCACUCCAAGUGCAUACAAAUCUCAUUUUUUUGUUUUCAGUUCUUUUCUCUACUCUGUUGCUCUGUUUUCUAGCCAAUUGUGUUAACUCUAAUGAUGGGAUGCGAGCGGCUGAAGGUGUGUUUCCAUCCCCAGACUUUUGUGCUCCGUUGGAGCGUGGGCAGAAGAAAAGAGGGAAGGAUGAACAGAUGGAUGGGUGGGCUGGGAGGGGAGGGGGGAUAGUGGAUCGAAGUUGAGGACAGAGGGAGCUGUGGAGGGGAUCGAUAAGGUGCUGAGGCUAGCGAGGGCCGAGGCAGACGUUUUCCCUGUAGAGCAAACACAGCCCUUACUGUUCCAAUCUCUGGAGCGAUCAGAGAAGAGGGGAUAAGGAAACUGGAGCAGAGGAGAAAUGUGCCAUUGAUUCUCACUGUUGCUGUUUCUAUCCAGUUUCUCUCUCUUUUGCUCUCUCUCCUCUCUCCCCCAUCUCUCCUUUUGCUCUUUCCUCCCCAUCUCUCAUUUUGUUCUCUCUCCGGAUUAUUGUUGUGUUUCUAUCUUUCUUUUGCCUUUUCUCUAGUUCUGUAUAGACCAUGCAUGUCAGACUAAUUUAUCUAGAUAGGUUUGAUGCAUGCAGUGUUUGGAUGACUAGACAUCAGUUAUGUAAUGCUUAGCAUGACAAGUAAGUGUUAGUCAGGGACAGGAAGAGAUUGGGAGAAAUGGGGAGAGAGAGAGAACAUGUCAGGAGAAAUUACCUCAAAGAGCUUGAGAGAGAGAGAGAGAACCUGCAGUACACUCACCCUUUGUGUUGACCUUUGUUGUCAGCCCAGCCAUAUAGACUCUAGAGCAGUGUUUCCCAACCCUGGUCCUCGAGUACCCCCAACAGUACACAUUUUUAUUGAAUCCCUGGACAAGCACAUCUGAUUCAACUUGUCAACUAAUCAUCAAGUCCUUAAUUAGUUAAUUGAGGUGUGUUUAUCAAGGGCUACAACGAACUGUGUACUGUUGGGGGUACUCGAGGACCAGGGUUGUGAAACACGGCUCUAGAUGGCGUCGGACAUAACACAGUACAGCUAAUUAGCUUGUUGCACUCUGAGUGUACAACAAGAGUUUAAAGCUAGAUGUCUUUCUCCUUCUUGCUUCACUCUCCAACUCCCUGUUAUCUCCGCUAGAUUUCCUUCCAUUUCUUGCUCUCUCUUGCCCCCCCCCGAUUAUAAGUUAGCUUCCGAUUAACAGUAUCUCUUUAUCUUUGUUUCUCUCUCUCUUUCCGUCUCUCUCGCUCUCUCCUCAGCUCCAGUUCAGGUUUUUCAGACAGCAGACCCCAGUCUCCAGCACAGAUGCACGGCUUCAACUCUAACACCCCUCCCCCUCCGCCUCCCCCCUUGCCCCCACCACCUCCCCCUUUGCCUUCCAUGUCCGGGUCUGGCCCACGGGGCACCCCUCCUCCCCCUAUCCCUCCUCUACCAGUCCAGCAGCAGCCCCCGGCCAUCCCCCCUCCCCCCACCCCCCUCCAGAUCGCCCCUGGCGUCCUACACCCUGCCCCUCCCCCCGUGGCCCCUCCCCUCCACCUCUCCUCCCCGGCCCGCCUCCAACAGGUCCUGGAUAAGGGCCCGCGCCCUGGCCAAUCAGAUGGCACAGUGCUGCCCCCUCCCCCUCCUCCUCCUCUGCCUCUCCCAGGAGCACGGAGCUCCUCCCCCUGCCCGCCGGGCCCGCCCCCCGUGCCUUCGUUCCUGUCAGGUGCCGUGGGGUCCCCAGCCUCUCACUCCAGCGGGAAGAAACAUUCUGCCAGCCUGCCACCCAUCAGCGACGCACGCAGCGUCUUAUUGGAGGCCAUCCGGAAAGGUGGGUGGGGCCUCAGUGUAUAAGCCAGUAGAUCUGGGUAUUGUGGUAAUAUGGUAGCAUCCGAAGCUCAAUGUGUGUGGUCAUUGGACAGUUUUAUAACAGAAGAAAGCUGUUCCACUCUGUCUUAUAGGUUGCCGUAAUCAAAAGUAGUGUUCCUUUUAAAGGUAACUAGCUAGCCGUUUGUCUUGUCCUUGAUGUUGAGGACAGAGAAAGAGAGUUGGACUUAUGUGACCUCUCCCUCUCUGCCUCCCUCCCCCCAGGUAUCCAGCUCAGGAAGGUGGAGGAACAGAGGGAGCAGGAGGCGGCCAAACACGAACGUGUGGGGAACGACGUGGCCACCAUCCUGUCCCGACGCAUCGCCGUCGAGUACUCCGACUCGGAGGACGAGUCCGAGUUCGACGAGGGAGACUGGAUGGAG